CGGUAGCUUUGUCAUCGACGAGGCGCACUGCGUGUCCGAGUGGGGCCUGGACUUCCGCCCGGAGUUCCGCAAGCUGCAGAUGGUUCGAAGCCGCUUUCCCGGGGUCCCGAUCUUCGCCUGUACCGCGUCGGCCACAGAGGCCUGUCGCCGCGACAUGAGAACCGUCCUGUUCGGUCCCAACAGCACUGGCGCGCGGGUGUUCGUGGACAGCUUUAACCGGCCGAACCUGUCGUUCGUGGUGAAGCAGAAGGAAACCAAUCUAUGCAUUGGAAAAGAAUGAGCAUUGUGGUAGUAGUAUAAAUUGCAUGACAAAUAAUUUUGCCGAAUAAGAAAAGUGAGAUUUGUAAUACUGAUUUCCCUAAAAUAGAGCAUUUGUCAUGCAUGAUCACUGCAAUUACUACGAGUGCGAUCCUUAUCCUUUUGCAAUGCAUACAACCUGACGAAAAACAAUGCGGACCAGUUUUUCCAGGGCAUCGUGGACACCAUCCGGGUAUCAAAUGUAAAUAUGUCUGCGUCUGGAAGGAUCAUGCACCUGACUUGUAAUGCUGCAUUGGGAUUCCAAAACAAAUCUGUAAUGCAUGAGCAGCUAGAGAAGCGGAAGUGUAGUUUGCUCUACGCGGAGAGGGCAUUUCUCACACGGCAAAGGCAUCAAACGGCCCUCAAAAGAUCUGUGAUGCUCGGUCAUGCAUUGCAGGCCUCAUGGGUCAUGCAAAAUAUGCAUGUCUACCCCUCUCGUGGCCGUUCUGGUGCGCCUUCUCAUGUGAGGUCGUUGACGAGGCUUGGUGGGAAAUUCCCGUUGCGCGAGGCUCUUGCCUUGCUCUCUGUCUUCGCCCCCAGCGGUGAUGAGAUAGUAGAAGCGUCUGUUGUGGCCGUCGGAGCUUGCUCCGGGUCUUGUGGCUCCUCUCGUCCUCGGUGGAGUACCUGAGUGGCUUUUGCUGCUGCCUCCGUUGACUUUUGGCUGCUGCUUGACUGGCGGUUGGGAACAUAUCAGGCGUCUUUGUGCUGUUGCUUCUGCCGCGUGGUCCCCAGUGUUCCCCGGGUCCGGAACUCUGGGUUACCUUGGUCGAGUUGGUGUCACUGUCGGUUCACCUAUGUCCCUGCCUUUCUGUUCUUGCCACUGGGAACAGUCUGUGCGUUUCUUUCGUCAGCGGCUUCUCGGCGCUGAAGCUCGUUGACGAUUGUUUCGGGAGGUUCCUAACGGCCCCUGAGGACAUUGCCUCGUUGCCGACCAGGCCGAACUUAGAGGUCGGCUUCGGGAAGGCUACCCGGAGUUGAGUCUGUUUCGGCAGGUCUCUUGUGAAUGCGAGGGCAGUGGUUGGCUGAGGUUGUUGGAGCGUUCCAUAGUGUCGCUCCAGAUCAUUUCUGAUCCUUCUCCAACUUCCUCAUUUCCUGUGUGGUCUAAUGCAGAUUGCAGAUCACAACACAGGGCCACCCUCGCAUCUCACCUCCAGGGGGGGCGCGCGGACCUCGCUUGCCAUUUCGUUUGGUCUCGCGAAAGUUCCAGCUCCCCCGAGCGGUAGUAGGGGAUUUCCAAGUGUGCAAAAUAUGCAUGACAAACCUGGCAAUCGUCCAGACUCAGACAUAUUCGCACGGCAUACCGGGAUUCGCUCCAGCAGGACUACAUGCGAAACCUCUCGUCUUCGUCGGCGGUGGCCGGCUCGUAUCACAGCGUAUUGGAAAAGACUUCAGGGGAGGUGGGGGCGAGAAGCGUUAUGUUUGGUCUGUCAGGUAGUGGACUGGACGAGGGUGCGUUUUAAUACUUUCGUGCGAGUUCUAGUACAUCUCGAUCUUUAUCCAUUUCUACUCCCAGAAAAUGAAAAAUCGAAGAGAAAGGAAGCACGACGGCCUUGUCGUCCAAGAGGAUCCAUUCGGAAGUAAAGAACUUCUACGCUUCCUCUCCCAUUGUACUUUUUCCCCUGCACACCUAAACGCCGUCGACGGGAACCAGAAAAAGCUGAGCUACCACGCGCACCACGCCGCUGCCCAGGCGGCGAACACCGGCUGCUGCGUCAUCUACGCGCUGUCCAAGGUUGAGUGUGAGACCGUGGCCAAAGGCUUGCAGAAGUGCGGGCUGAAGGCGAGACCGUACCACGCCGGACUGCCCAUCCAAACGCGACGGACGAACCAGGAGCAAUGGAUGAGCGGCAAAAUUCAGGUGAUCGUCGCCACCAUCGUAUCUUCCUGAGCAAACGCGUCCCCAUAGUGUCAAGUUGUUGGGAACUUGGCAACGCAAUAAAAACAGCAGCUUCGUUGGGAGUCACGCAUGACAAGUUCUUAUUUCCAGCUGUGUUGUAAGUGCAGUUUAGCACGGACAGCCGCAACAUGAGAAAGCCACUUCUACUCUGUACACAUCCUGUUUGCAGCAUAUACAAAUGUUGCCAAAACACUUUCGGAAAUGCCUCUACUUAUCGCGAUGCGCAUUACAAAUGUCGCUGUAAUUGCAAAUCUGCAUGAAGACAACUCUGGGAUCGUGGGGGCGUAGUUUUUGCUGAGGAUACAUCGCCUUCGGCAUGGGCAUCAACAAAGCGGACGUGCGGUUCAUCGGCCAUCUGGUGAUGCCGAGCUCUCUGGAGCGCUACUACCAGGAGUGCGGGCGCGCGGGGCGGGACGGACGGCACGCCACUAUGAGAUGUAAAGAUGUCUGGGUCUGGAAGAAUGGAAGGUCUGUCAUGCUCUGCCAGCAUGACCCCAGAGUCUCAAGAGCCCCGCACCGCUUUUUUGUCAUGCAGAAACGCAUUUUGUCAUGCAGAAUAGGCAACACCCCGAAGCUCAGAAACUUGUCAUGCUGAGCCAGCACUUGUGGCCCGGCCCCCUCAUGAUACGCCAACCAGCAUCACAAGUUUCCAGACCCAGACACUUUUACAGUUGAUAGCCACCUGCGUGUGCUGGUACUCGGACCGGGACUACGAGCGGUGCAAACGACUGGUCACCAGCGGCGGCGGGCCGGCCGGGGCCUCGAGCAGCAAGUUCCUCACGCAGCUUUUGGCCAUGCGGUCGUUUCUGACGCAGAAGAUCCAGUGCCGGCGGAAAGCGCUGCUGGAAUACUUCGGCGAGCGAAACUUCGACGCGAAAAAUUGUGGGAAAAAAUGCGACAUUUGCGCGACCGUGGACCGCGAGAACGCGCACUUGCUAAACAUCACCACGGAGCAGCGGCAAGGAACAGCAGCUGGUGCAGGGAAUGCGACUAGUACAGCCGGGACUUCUUCUGGAGGCAACAUUUUUGGUGCCUCCAGCCUGCUACAGCACCAACACGGUAUCAACAUGUCCUCUUCCAUCGUGCAACGAGACUUCACUUCGGAAGCGAAGGUUUUGGUCAACUACCUGCGUGACUGCCUGUCCUGCGAACUCACCGUUGCGAAGUUGCGGGACGCGAGUCUUGGUGUCUCCCUGCCGAAACCUGCGAAGAAGAAGGGGCGACGCGGAGGUAAGAGCCAGUGGCUGCAGGCGGCGGAAGACAAGCGGGAGAAAGUGAUGAACCACAAAAGCUUCGGGUUUCUGAAGAACACGAGUAUUUCACAACCCAACCAGCCAGAUCAGCAGCUGAGCAAGCAUGGCGCAGAGCAGGUGGUCCGGAAAUUAGUGGAGUUGCAGGUCUUUUCAGAAAUCGUGAAAACCUCCGGAGGUGGUGGGCGCAAGAAGCGCGGGCGGCGGGGAAAGAGCGCCUUCUCGUGGUCGAUUCUGCAAGUCGGGCCGCGCGCCACCGAUCUGCAGUGGAACAGGUUACGGGUCAGCGUGGAUUUGGACGGCAGUACGGCCUUCGCAGGAACAACUACGGGAGGUGGUGCGCCGAAGUCUUCGUCUGGUGUCGGGGCCAGCAGUAGCAGCAGCGCAUUCAGCCGGAACAACCAGCAAACGGGCUUAGAUUCGGAUGACAUCGAAGAAUUCGGCUCCUCAGACGACGAUGAGACAAGCGACUCGGCGGUGGUUGCCGCCGCGGAUGCGGCAGUACUGGCACAGAAAAGUGCGGUGCAGCAGGGAACAGCAGCUACGACGUCUUCCGGAUCUACUUCCACAGGACUACUUGGUGCGGCUAGACAACAAACAUCUGCAUUCACAACCGCCUUCAGCCUCGACUUGUCCUCCCUGGAUCAAAAUUCGAGUAAGCGCACAAAGACACCCGCGGAAUUGGAGUUUGAGCGGUUGCAGCGACUAGAGUUGGAGAAGUACAAGCGACCACCCAAGCAGAAGCCCGCUGUUGUUUCGGCUGGAUCCUCCAGCAGUUCAUCAGCGAACUUCUACAACCGUGUCGGCGCCGGACAAGUCUCCUCCCGCCCUGCAAACCCGUCGUCUUCCUCGGCGUCCAGCAGAUUCAAUCCAUUAUUUGCAGCUGCUGCGUCUUCGACCAGUCCGUUUGAUAAUCCACUGCUGCAGCUCGGAGGAGCGCGCCGAGGAGGAGCAGGAAGUGGCACAAGUAUUUUAGGAAGCCGCAGCGGCCCUGCGGUACAGAACCAGGAGGAGGAUGAGAUCAUCUCCGAAGCUACGGAUGAGGAUGAGAAGCUGUUUGGGGCUGGGCGAAGCAGUAGAGCCACAAUGAAUCAAACGAAUGCGACAUCAUCUUCGGCUGGGCGAGUAGUUGACAACCGGCCCUUGCUGAUCGCAGAGGAUAAGCACGACAGUGAGGAGGAAGGAGGUUGUGGCUCGUCGUCGUCACACGGAGGAAGUCUGCUAGCAAGAUUGAUGGCAAAACGAAGAAAAAUGAACCCGGAUAAUGAAUGAAGGUAACCACCAGUAGUGGUAGUCGUCCUGUGACUACAGAGUAAAAGAUUUUCUGCACAACUAUAAGAUUUCCCUGAUCACCGCGUGUUUGAGG